AUUUCUCUCUCUAACCUCCGCUCAACUCCCCCCUCUUCUCUCUCCGGACAGAAGAUCACCCACGGCGAUCGCCUCCUCUUCACGAUCUUCUCCUAGCGCCUGAUCAUCCGGAUUCUAAGAUGGAAGUCAAUUUCUCUUUUGAUUUCCUGGCAUGGGAAAGUUGAAUUGCUGGUGAUGCUUCUUAUUCCUCUCAGGAUGUGGCAUAGCAAUCUACUAGAAAUGACCGAACUAUUUCUGCUUGUAUGUAGUGGCUAUUCAAUAGGAAAGAUGAAAAGAUUGAGAUAGAUGCGAGAGUUAAGAGGAGAUAGAGGAGAGGAUGAAUUGGUAGGAGAGAAGAUUAGGCUACAAGUGUUAGAUUUGAUGGUUAUAUUGAUUUAAACAGAAAUGAAAACCGCCUUAAACCUAGUUUCAAAUUGUUGGUUGAACCGCGAUUGGCAUGUUUUUUUUAACAGCACUAUAUCAGGUGGCUGUUACAUUCUUGUCUGGAACUUAUUUAGCCAUAUAUUUGGUUGGCGCUGGAGAAGUUUCUGGAGAGGUUUAUUUUCUUCCUAAGCAAGUAUAAGAUUUUCUUUGUGCAGUAGCAGCAAUAGCAGGUUAGUUCCAAUUUACCUAACUUGAUCUAUGAUGAUGAUUGUAUGUCGAUACUGUAUCUGGUUAAGCAAAUUGAUCUGUAAGCUAAAUCCUGUCUAUUUCUCGCUUUCCAAAAUAGGGAAAAUAAAAUGGAAACCAGAUACCUUUGUCUGACUGUUAUUGAUAUGGAAUAGAAUAUUUAGUUUACUUCUGUUCCAUUACAUUAUUGAAUAGCACAUUCAUAUCAAAUUCUAGAAUACUAGGAAACAAAUGUGUCAAAGUGUGUACACUAUCAAGCCAAUUAAAUAAAAGGGAUACAAAUUGACAUGACUAAAAUGUUUGCAAUACUUUUCUUUCCUUAUAAAUCAGAAUUCCAAGUAAUUGUUUUGAGUUCAAUAUGAAGCACAUUCUAAAGAUCUUGGCUUUACUGGUUGUUGUUGCUGCCACUUGGAUCACCUUACUUGAAACAUCUGUAGUUCCUCAUCACUACACUUGGCUGCUUCCAGUUUAUCUAAUCGUCUCAUUAGGCUGUUAUGGCCUUCUUAUGGUAGGAGUUGGUUUGAUGCUGUUUCCAACAUGUCCCCAGGAAGCUGUACUUUUGCAGAAGGAUAUUGUAGAAGCCAAGGAGUUCUUGGGACGAAGAGGGGUGGAUGUGGGUUCUGAUUAAAGUGAUUUUCAUCAUUCAUCAGUUCAUGUAACUUCUUCAUUCAUCUCGGUACGGUCUCCAGCUCCAUAGAUUUUCCCUUUCUCUGUCAUUCUAUGUAGCUAUUUAUGCAGGAUGAAAUCUACACUUUUCAAUAUAAUGUUAACUCAUUUUGUGUCGAUA